AUGGGCAAAGCUAAAAAAGAAAAAAAUAGAAUUAUUAGGGAACAAAGCAAUGGUGGCCUGGCUACUUCUACGGUGGCAAGUAACUUAAAAGUAAAAGGAGAGAAUUUUUAUCGAGAUGCAAAAAAAGAAAAAUUGUUAAAUCGGCACCUUAUCAAAGCAAGGAUGUUACAAUCGCAAGAGUACAGCCAGAUAGGCGAUGUCAUCGGUCAAAAACAAUUAGAGGAUUUUCGCGAAAGUUUGGGAACAAAGGUUAAUGAUCCUUAUCAAGUACUACUUCGACAAAAUAAAUUGCCCAUGAGUUUAUUAAUUGAUCCGGCAAAAAUAUCACGAAUGCAUAUGGUCGAUACGGAACCAUUUUCAGAUACUUUCGGCCCGAAAGCACAACGAAAACGACCAAAAUUGAACGUUGGCUCUUUAGAAGAUUUAGUGAACAGUACUAGUCAAUCUUUGGAACAUUAUGAGGAGAAAAACGAUCAAUCAUUAUUAUCUAACAAAAUAACAGAUUGGAUUGACGAAGCAAGAGAUAAUUCGUCAGAUGUUGUAAUUCAUGUAUUGGACGCUCGUGAUCCCAUCG